AUGUGGCUACAAGAAAUAUUUAAGAAGUGCAACCAAAGAGGCAGAAUAGAAGCAAAUCAAAUGUGGAGUCGAAUUGGUAUCACAAUGUGGGCAAUUUGGAAAACAAGAAAUGAAAAAGUUUUUCAUGACACAGAACCUGAUCCAAAGUCUACUAUUAACUAUGCAAAAAAUCUUGAACUAGAAUAUUUCAAAGCAACAGAGAAGGAAAAUAAUAGCACCAAAGAAUCAAACAGGAGAAGGACGGUACCUAUAAUCUGGAGAGCCCCUCCUCAAAAUUGGCUCAAAUUGAAUACGGGUGCAGCCUUCUCCAAUGACACAAAAUCAGGAAGUAUAGCAGUAGCGAUCAGAGAUUGCAAUGGAACCCUCAUGGGAGGGACAACUUCAAAAAUCCAAACGAACUCCAGCAUCCUUGCAGAAGCAACUGCCAUAAGAGAAGCAAUCAUUUUAAUAGAAAAUCUCAAAUUGAGAAUGCAACUAUUGAAUCUGACUGCUUUCAACUUAUUCAAGCAAUCAAAGAAGGAAUUACAUUUUGGGAAGUAG